AUGGCAGUCCACACAUCAAGCCCCAACGCCAAUGCCUUCGUCCGCUUCAUGCGCAAAGCAUACAACCCAAUCGGCUUCAAGAAAGGCUACAACUUCAUCCUGUUCUUCAUCUUCGCCGGGGCACUCUUCGGCUUCUGUCUGGCAAAGAUACAAUCACUCAACGUUAAUGGCUACUGGAUGAAUCAUAAUGCUCCUGGCGAGAGUUUCUGGUUUGGACCCGACAACCGAUUCUACAAUAUCAUGAUUCACAUUCAUCUCUGCACUUGCAUUCCUGCAGGCCUGCUAGGCGUCUGGCAAUUCGUGCCCGUCAUCCGAUACAAAGCUCUCAUCUUCCACCGGAUCAAUGGCUACAUCGUCAUCCUUCUAUUGCUGGUCUCCAACGUUGGCGCCGUAGGAGUUGCAAGGCGCGCUUUCGGUGGCAGCCUCGCCACACAGGUAUUCGUUGGCGUCCUGGCCCUGCUUACAACGACAAGCAUCUUUUUGGCAUGGUGGAACAUCAAAGUCCUCCAGAUCGACCAACACCGCGCCUGGAUGCUCCGACUCUUCGUCUAUCUCGGCACAAUCGUCACAAUCAGACUGAUUACCAUAGUCAUUGCCGCAGUACUCAGCCAAGGCUCAAAGUAUUUCACUUACUUCAUGGUCAUGGAAUGCCAGAAGAUUGCUUCAAUGGCCGGUCCAGAGCUGCUACAAAGUUACCCAACAUGCAUUACCAACCCAUAUGGCCUGACCAUCGUCCGCGCCAACUUCACAGCCCCAGUGAACGUCGCUGAAGUCGCUGCGGCGCUGGCACUGCCGUUCGGCGUCUCCUGCUGGCUUGCUCUCACGCUACACGUCAUCGGUAUCGAGCUCUAUCUCCGCCUCACACCAGUCGAAGGUGAGAGACUACGACGAGUCUCGUAUGAGCGACAGCUUGAGCGCGGUCUAGAGCCGGCUGGCAGUGCGGGCCUCGUAGUCGAGCGCCUUGGUGACGCGGAACCGUGGACGCCGCCGACCAAAGCCAAAGAGUCAGUGCCGUCAGUCUCUGGUAGCUGGGAUGCAAAGCUUACACCGGAAAUCGCGCAGUCGUUGAGUCGAGGAAGCAGUUUGAAGGAUGUUAGGAGGCCUGUGGCUGCUUUGAGCAGAUGA